AUGUCGACACUUCGUUCUAACUCUUUUAUUUGGUCGUAUUUUAAAAAAGAUCCAAACGCUAAAAGAGGCAAAUGCUUACACUGCAAUCAAGUGAUAUCGUUAGAAAAAUCUUCAUAUUCCAAUCUGAAGAGGCACUUGCAACGGAAACAUCCAUUUCUGGAGCGACCGAAAGGUGUUAAUUGCUCGGCCGGAUCCCGGAUAGUAUGGAAACAUUUUACAAGAGAAGUCGGUAAAAAAGCAAAAUGUAAGCACUGCUUCAAAAUUAUAUCCUGCCAAAAUGCGACGUUCAACUUGCGGAGACAUUUGAUAAACAUACACCCGGGUGUAUCGUUGGAAGACGACAACGCACACGAAGGACAUCAUCAAGAAGAGGAACGGUUAUACGACGAUCCGCUCUCCAGUUUCGACGCUGGAAGCUAUUCCAAAUCAUGCAAAUCUCCCGCCUCUUCCAAUGAGUCGGAUGUGGACAUUGAUUCCAAACAUAGUCUUAUCGAGCUGCAACCAAUCGAUAACAUUGAGCUGACGGAACCGAUACGGAUUGAAAUCAUAGACUUGAAUCCAGAAUCUAAAUCGUCUGUUGAUGACGGACAAGAGAUCAUAGAGGAAACCAUCCAUCAGUCUGAUUCGGUACCAAUGAUGAAUUACGAACGUAUAUCUACUGCACACAGUGACAUAAACCAGGCUGAAGAUAUGAGCAACGUUAUUGAGGAGACUAUUACCGAAACCAACAAUGUGGCGCACAACAUCCAAAUGAACGUUGAAAGGUCGCAACGAUCCUGUAAUUUUUUAAGCAUCGGUAUGAAGGAUAUCAACGUGAAAACGGCAGCAUAUGCAACAAAUAUUGCCUUGGAGCUGGAAAGUUUAGACACGCGGCAGCGGAUAGUGGCAGAAAAGCUUAUAUCCGACGUAUUAUUUCACGCCAAGCUGGAAAACUUGACAGAGUAUUCAAUGGUUUUAGUAAAAGUAGAUACUUUCGAGAAGCAUUGCUAGUCUGUCAUUAGUCAGUAAAAUUUGCUUAAUUGUACUCUUUGGAUGUAAGUUAAUGCGGAAACUGGACGGAAAUGAAUGAAUUUAAAAUGGGUGA